CAGAUGUCUGUUGGCAGAGGGGAUGUGUUCUUCUGACUACAAGUUACUCAAUUCUGAGUAAGCCACAGACAUCUCUCAAUCCUCUUCCUUCACCCUGAAGUUCAGUUUAACCUCAAAGAAGACGAGACACUAGUGCAGCAUCAAUACGCAUGGUGCUAGCAUGAUGGAGAACUCCUCAGUGCUCCCUUCAGAUGCUUCAGACGCCCUCUUCCCCACAGAGGCACCACCAACUGCCGUCCACCAGGCCUUCUGGAUCAUCUCACUCAUCAUCUUCUGCCUAGCCUUUGUGCUGGGCAUAACUGGCAAUGGGCUAGUGAUCUGGGUGGCAGGCUUCCGGAUGGCUCGCACGGUCACCACUGUCUUGUUCCUCAACCUGGCUUCAGCAGACUUCACCUUCACUGCCUUCCUGCCAUUCCUCAUCAUUGGCACCGCCCUGCAGCCCCACUGGCCCUUUGGCUGGUUCCUCUGCAAGCUAAUUAGCUCCCUGGCUAUUUUUAAUAUGUCUGCCAGCGUCUUCUUGCUGACCCUCAUCUCUCUUGACCGCUGUGUCUCUGUCCUCUGGCCAGUGUGGGCCAGGAAUCACCGCACACCUCGUCGAGCUGCCCUGGGUGCUGCAGGCGCCUGGACUUUUGCCUUGGCCUUCUCUGUCCCAACAGUCAUCUUCAGGACCACAUACACAGAGAAUGAGACCACCCUUUGCUACCCUGAGUUUGACCCCUGGGAGGAGGCAGGAGAUGAUGAGGAGUACUAUGAUGCCCUGUCUGAAAGCCGCCACCGGUCACUGGUGGUCAGCCGCUUCAUCCUUGGCUUUGUAAUUCCACUCCUCAUCAUUACUGUCUGCUAUGGCCUCAUCACUGUCAAGCUCUGGAGUAGAAUGAAGACCACCAAGUCCAGUCGGCCCUUCAAGAUCCUCACAGCCGUGGUGGCCGCCUUCUUCCUCUGCUGGCUCCCUCACCACAUGGUGGGCAUGAUAGAGGUUUCUGUCUCCAGCCAUUCACACUUUUUAGAUGUUCUGCCUUACCUGAGCCCUCUCUCAUCCUCCCUGGCAUUUGUCAACAGUUGCCUGAACCCCUUGCUCUAUGUCUUCUUAGGCCGGGACUUCAGGGAAAGACUGUUCAGAUCCCUGCCAGCUGCUCUGGAGCGGGCUCUGAGUGAGGAGUCUAACCCGACUGUAACCACAGGCAAUAGUUCUACCUGUGCACCUCCUGCCAGUGAUGCCGAAACUCAGGGUCUGUGAGGGGGCACCUUAUCUUCUGUGGUCUUUCUGUGGGGCCUCCUUCACAUGGUCUGCUUUUCAAUUUCUAAAACCCUUUCUGGCUCUUACAUUCUAUGUUUUAAGCCCUCCAUCCCAUCACUGGCAGUCAAUGUUCUAGAUACCCUUCUGAUGAUAAUAUUCUUGCUCUAACCCACUAAAACUGAAUGUUUCCCCUUCAGGGGGAAAAAUGGACACUCAAUGAAAUAGGGGAUUUUCAAGUAUUCUUGAUGAAAAGACCA